CUGUGCACUGUGCUAGAUUUUGUGCUACGUUUCAGCUAAAAAAAUCACACAUUUCGAGAACAACAUGGAUACAGAUGUGGACCAACAUUUGAGGGACGUCCAGAGAGAAUACCUGGACUUUCUAGACGACGCGGAGACAGAUGGGACCUACACGGACAAGGUGCGUGACAUGGUGACCAACAACGGUUUCCGCCUCAUCGUCAACAUCAACGAACUGCGCAAGAAGAACGAGAAACGUGCCAACGCCCUGCUGUCUGCUGGCUGCGAGGAGUUGGUGUGUUUCCAGAAGGCGCUGAAGGACUUCGUGGCCACGGCUGACACAGCGUACGCCAAACAGCAUGAGGAAUUCUUUGUGGGAUUCGAAGGAAGUUUUGGUGCCAAACAUGUGACCCCACGUACCCUCACGUCUUCUUACCUUGGGAACCUGGUGUGUGUGGAGGGGAUCGUCACCAAGUGUUCCCUUGUGCGUACUAAAGUGGUUCGUAGCGUGCACUACUGUCCAGCCACGAAGAAGACCAUCGAGCGCCGCUACACUGAUCUGACCUCUCUGGAUGCCUUUCCCUCAAGUGCCGUGUACCCCACCAAGGAUGAGGACAACAACCCACUAGAGACAGAGUUUGGCCUGUCUGCCUACAAAGACCACCAAACCUUCACCAUACAGGAAAUGCCAGAGAAAGCUCCAGCCGGCCAGCUCCCGCGGUCAGUGGACAUUGUGGCGGAUGAUGAUCUUGUGGACGCGUGCAAACCCGGCGACCGUGUGCAGGUCAUCGGGCUGUACCGCUGUCUGCCGUCCAAGAAGGGAGGCUUCACUUCUGGUACCUUCAGAACCAUCAUGAUCGCUAACAACGUGAAGUUGAUGAGUAAGGAGGUCGCACCAUCGUUCUCCGCAGAUGACGUCGCCAAGAUCAAGAAGUUCAGCAAGUCCAAAAAGGAUGUUUUUGAGAUCCUGGCUAAGUCCAUGGCUCCCACCAUCCAUGGACAUGAGUACAUAAAGAAGGCGGUCCUGUGUAUGCUGCUGGGUGGGUGUGAGAAGGUUCUGACUAACGGCACACGCCUCAGGGGGGACAUCAACGUCCUCCUUAUCGGAGACCCGUCCACUGCCAAGUCCCAGAUGCUGCGGUACGUUCUGCACACGGCUCCUCGGGCCAUCCCCACCACGGGACGGGGGUCGUCUGGAGUGGGUCUGACUGCUGCCGUGACGACUGACCAAGAAACAGGUGAGCGACGUCUGGAGGCGGGAGCUAUGGUGCUGGCUGAUCGUGGUGUGGUCUGUAUCGACGAGUUCGACAAGAUGACAGACAUGGACCGUACAGCUAUCCACGAGGUGAUGGAACAGGGUCGUGUCACCAUCGCUAAGGCGGGAAUCCACGCCAAGCUCAACGCUCGCUGCUCUGUGCUGGCCGCGGCCAACCCUGUGUAUGGAAGGUAUGACCAGUACAAGACCCCGAUGGACAACAUCGGCAUGCAGGAUUCCCUCCUGUCCCGUUUUGACUUGCUGUUCAUUGUUUUGGACAAGAUGGAUCCAGAACAUGAUCGUAUGAUCUCGGAUCACGUGCUGCGAAUCCACCGCUACCGAAAUCCUGGAGAGCAAGAUGGGGAUGUUCUCCCCAUGGGCAGUGAUGUAGAUGUGCUGACCACAGCAGACCUGGAUGCUGCAGAUGAAGAGGAGAAGGAGAUGUCUGUCUAUGAGAAACACGACAGCACGCUGCACGGGCAGAAGAAGGACAAGAAAGAGAAGAUCGUGAGUAUGCAGUUCAUGAGGAAGUACAUCCACGUAGCGAAGGCGCUGCGCCCCGUGCUGACCCGCGAGGCCUCGGACUGCAUCGCUGACGAGUACUCCAAACUCAGGAGUCAGGAGAAUCUGGCAAGCGAUGUGGCUAGGACUCAGCCCGUGACUGCCCGUAGUCUGGAGACAAUGAUCCGUCUGGCCUCAGCGCACGCGAAGGCUCGCAUGAGCAAAACCAUCACACGGGAGGACGCAGAGGCCGCCAUCGAGAUGGUCCAGUUUGCCAUCUUCCACAAGGUCCUAGAAAAGGCGAAGAAGAAGCGUCAGAGAGAGGCCGACUCAGAAGAUGAGGAAGAGGAAGAUGAGGAACAGCCUGCCAAGAGGAGAAAGGAGCGCCCUCCCCGUAACCCUGACGACCCGUAUGACUACUAUGAUGAUGAGGAUGAAACUGUACCAGACAUUGGUCGUCGCCGUGAGAAGAGAAAGGAGCCAAGUCAGAAGGAGUCAGACGAGUCCAUGGACGUCACAUCAGCUUCGGGGGCAGCUGCGAAGGACGGGGUGUCGGAGGACAGACUUAAGAUGUUCCAGAAGUCACUCCUUAAUGUCUUCAAGAAGGAGCACGCUGAAUCCCUGCCCCUCAAGAGGGUGACGGAAGCCGUCAACAGCGACCACGCAGACGAUCCGUUCUCGGAAAGCGAGAUUAACAGCGCCGUGGACAAAAUGAUGGACAACAACCAAGUCAUGCUGUCGGAUGAGACCAUCUUCCUCAUUUAAAUAUUUAGGACGGGUCAGUCAUACUCGUUUGAAUUCUUGUGUUGAAUUUUCAGCGCAUUGGACAAAAUGAUGGACAACAACCAAGUCAUGCUGUCGGAUGAAACCAUCUUCCUCAUUUAAAUAUUCGGGAUGGGUCAGUUGAACUCAUUUGAAUUCUUGUGAUGUCUCUACAUGAUUAUUCAGAUAACAUUCCAGAAGUUUCAAAAACUAAAGAAUUGUAACCAUCCAAAAUCAUGUGAGGAAUUACAACCUGUUAGUUGUAAAAUGUGGUGGGAAAUUGUAAAAUAAAACAAGGGAUACAAAAAUAGAAGUUUAAGGCAGAUAUGAAAUUCCUUCAUUAUUGUAUGAUAUUGGUCAAAGCCAGGGCAAACAAACUUGGGACAUGUUAUUGUAGGACUUCAUGUUUGACUAGUCUCACUUGUGCAUGACUGUGUUUGCCUCAUCCGUUUGCGUCACCUUGUUUACGUCACUGUUGUUUGCCGAGCGAGAUCACUUCCAAGUCUUAACAAACUUCAUUGACAUGUUUUGACUCCUCUGUAUUGUUCCCUACACUUUGGUACGGCAAUGUUUCCGUCUGCUUCUCCCCUGGAAUGUAAACAUUGACUCAUACUCUUCCAAAACAUUUCCUAAAGCUAUUUGUAGAAAUCCUUUGGAGUUAUAGGAGUGGAAGAAAAUUCAAUGUCUGUAAAAGGGGAGUAUAUGAAUGGUUAGAUCGCUUUACUCUGAC